AGCGAUCUCUCAAAGAGGAGCAACCAGAGCAGCCGACGCAAAACAAGAAGGAGCUCUUGCUCCUUGCGGAACAGUGCAGAGAUGUCGCGAAUGAGCUCUUCGCGGUUUUGGAGCCUCUCAAGGUCUACGCAAAAUCGAAGGAUAUCGAAUUAAAGGCGGAAAGCAAGAGCAAAGAUAGGUGGUAUAAGCGGACUUCUUCUUUUCCUGUUGAGUGGUAUGGCUGGCAGAACUUUCGAACUGCAUUGAGGACGGUGUGGAAAGAGGACCAGAUAAAGCUCCUUGAGAACAAAGUCGACGCUUUCAGACAGCAACUCAUUCUACGUAUUCUAGUCUCAUUUAGAGAAGAGAUGAAAGAUUCACACUCGGCACAAUCUUCGAUGCGAGGCUAUACCGAAGGUCUGGGAGAAACUUUCUUGAAGUAUAUUGAGGAGAGCAAGCGCUGGCAAGCGGAUCUCAUAAAUGAAAUCCAUCGAGACCAGUCUAGUGCCACGGAGCGAGGCAUCUCAGCAGCAGUUUCACAUCCACAUGCAACCGGGAGAGAGAAACGACUGGAACAAAAACUUAUUGAUCUUCUCUAUUUUCCUGAAACUAGCGACAGAGAGAAUCGUAUUGUUGUUGCUCACAAAAAGACAUUCCGGUGGAUCUAUAGCGACCCAGAUUCCGGAGGCACUCCAUGGCCAAGCUUCACAAAAUGGCUCCAAAGCGGCUCUGGACUCUACUGGAUUACCGGUAAAGCUGGUUCUGGCAAGUCAACCUUGAUGAAAUUCAUCUACAACAAUGACCUUACUUUCGAUAAUUUGCGAGCCUGGAGGCUAACUAUUCCACUGGCAACAGGGGUUUUCUUCUUUUGGAAUUCGGGGCACGGCAUGCAAAUGUCUCAACUUGGCAUGUUACAAUCUAUCUUGUGCCAGCUUGUGACGAAAUUUCCUGAUCUUAUCCCUCGACUCUUCCCUGAACGCUGGGAAGCCUACAAUCUCUUCAGCAACGACCCACAAGAUUUGACCAAGGAAGAACUACUCAGAGCAUUCAGACUCUUGGCAGACGAG